AUGCCUACAAGCAAGUUAAAAUUUCUCAAUCCUUUUAUAGACCAGGAAGGAUUAAUAAGAGUAGGGGGCAGACUUUCGCAUUCAGAUGUGAAUUUUAACCAAAAGCAUCCUAUUAUUUUGCCAGCGGGAAACAAACUUACAAAACUCAUAUUCCAGUACUAUCACAAGAGGGAUUUACAUGUAGGACCCCAAGCUCUAUUAAACACGAUUCGCUUAAAAUAUUGGCCUCUUGGUGGUAGAAGUGCCGCGAGAAAGGUAGUUCAUGAGUGUAUUGAAUGCUUCAAAACCAAAUCCAUUAUGGCAACCCAGAUUAUGGGGGAUCUACCUACGGAAAGAGUAACCGCUAGUCCUGCAUUUUUAAAUGUUGGAAUCGAUUUAUGUGGGCCUUUUGAGAUCAAAUAUAAGGGUCAAAGAAAGGGUAUUUUUCAGAAAAUCUAUGUUAUAUUUGUAUGUAUGACAACUAAGGCUGUUCACAUAGAUUUUGUUUCAGAUUUAACCUCAGAAGCGCUAAUAGCGACCUUGAAAAGAUUCUUUGCACGGCGCGGUAAAAGCUCUAUAAUUUUUAGCGAUAAUGCUACUAAUUUUACUGGGGCUUCCGCCGAACUCAAACGCUUACACAAAUUAAUGUUGAGUAGUGAAGACAUUUCUAACUUCUUAGUAUCAGAAGGUAUCACGUGGAAAUUUCUACCUCCCAGAGCACCCAACUUUGAUGGCCUUUGGGAGGCGGGAGUGAAGGCUUUCAAAUAUCACUUGAAGAGAGGGGUUGGUUCUACAAAGUUAACGCUAGAGGAAUUCAUAACAGUAAUUACCCAAAUUGAGGGCAUUCUCAAUUCAAGGCCACUCUCUCCUUUAUCUACUGAUACUGACGAUCUCCAAGUAUUAACACCAGGACAUUUCUUAAUAGGAAAACCGAUCAAUUCUCUUCCGGAACCUAACUUUCUUGAUAAAAGGGAUAAUCUGCUAAAUAGGUGGCAGAAAACGCAAAAAAUUGUCCAAACUAUUUGGAAAUAUUGGCAAAAUAGCUAUUUGAGCCAUUUACAACAGCGAUCUAAAUGGCUGUUUAAAAGGCAAAAUUUAAUUCCAGGCAUGUUAGUCUUAUUAAAGGACAUUCAACUUCCCAUAUCCUUCCAUAUAAACCCCUCGUUGGCCAACUUCUGCCCCGAGAGCUGCAUGCUUGUUGUAGUAGGUGUCAUUGUAGGACUUGUCUUGUACGUGUGUAAUGUGUCUGUUGGUACGCUCACUCCUAAUGUAUUUUUCCUUUUUAUGCUGCCACCAAUCGUGUUUGAAGCUGGAUAUUUUAUGCCAAAUAGACUUUUUUUUGAUAAUCUUGUUACAAUACUUAUAUUUGCUUUCAUCGGUACUAUAUGGAACGCCAUAAGCAUCGGGCUUUCCUUAUGGGGAGUAGGCUUGACUGGACUAUUUGGCUAUCAACUCAGUCUUAUGGAAAUGAUGCUUUUUAGCUCCAUAGUAUCCGCUGUGGAUCCAGUUGCAGUCCUUGCUGUCUUUGAAGAAGUACAUGUCAAUGAAGUGCUCUACAUUAUUGUGUUUGGAGAAUCUCUGCUGAAUGAUGCAGUCACUGUGGUGCUUUAUCAUAUGUUUGAAGCAUACACGGAAAUGGGACCUAGAAACAUCAUUGCCAUUGAUUAUAUUGCUGGCGUUGCUUCAUUCUUCGUCGUUUCUCUUGGUGGUACUGCGAUAGGAGUUGUGUUUGGGUUUUGCAGUGCAUUUCUGUCAAGAUUUACUUCACACGUUCCUGUGAUUGAACCUAUGUUUCCAAUCGUCAUUGGCUAUUUGGCACACUUAACCGCAGAAAUAUUUCAUUUAUCUGGCAUCUUAUCCUUGGUAGCCUGCGGUAUGACCAUGAAGAAUUAUGUCGAAGAAAACAUAUCAUAUAAAAGCCAAGUAACUGUUCACUACGUGUCAAAAAUGUUGGCAUCUGCAUCCGAAACUAUCAUCUUUGUUGUUUUGGGAGUUUCUACUGUGAAUGACAAUCAUGAGUGGAACACGUGGUUUGUCGUAUUUACUAUAUUCUUCUGCUCUGUUUAUCGCUCUCUUGGUAUUGUCGUUUUGACGGGUAUUCUCAACAAGUAUCGUCUUCAUCAACUGAAUGCCGUGGAACAGUUCAUUAUGUCUUAUGGAGGACUUCGUGGUGCUGUAGCUUUUGCGUUAGCACUAAUCAUAGAUGAGAAGGUUAUACCUAGCAAACACAUGAUGGUAACGACCGUAAUUGCCGUUGUAUAUUUCACCGUGUUUUUACAAGGCAUGACAAUUAAGUUUUUUGUGAAAAUUUUGAAAGUUCCUCAAAUGCAACAAAAGGAAAUCACCAUGAAUGAAAGACUUCACACAACAGCUAUCGAUCACGUGAUGGGUGGUAUAGAAGAAAUUGCUGACCAAUUCUUGGGGAAUAACAAAAUCAGGGACAGAUUCAAACAUUUCAAUAACAAGUACUUGCGACGAUUUCUGACUAAUCAUUCCAAUGUGAAUGAGCCAAAGAUCAUUGCAACGCACUCGAAAUUGAAUCUUAUGGACGCAAUGAACUUGGUCAACAGUGGUGUCAAAAUUGCUGAUAUGGCGGCUGAAGCUGGAGCACCUUUAUCGACUAUUUUACGGAACUACACCGAAGGAAGUUUAACGAAGAAUGAUGACAAGAAUAAAUUAAAUCCUGCACCUAUGCCAUCGCCCUCAAUUAAUGUGGAUAUAGGAGAACUAACAUAUAGUCCUAGUUUCAAAGACUUGGCUGACACUGAGAUUCAUCAUAUUUUGGAAGACGCCAUGUUUAAGCCACCAAAGAGAGCACGUCGCUAUAGUCGCACUAUGUUCAAUGAAUCUCCUCCUAAACACCCACCGUUUCAUCAUCAUAUGCGGCUUCAAAUUCGACGUUUGAUCAGUGAAACCAGAAAGCGCAGAAGGAAAUCAAAGCUUCAGUCAAAUUUUAUCAUAGACAAUAAAUAUCCUGUCAAUAGCACAGUUUUUCUAAACUCAAGCAACAAACAUCCAAGUGUUACCUUUACUCCCGCUGCUGAUGAUGAUGUAGAUGACGGAGGAAUUGUGUUUACAGCGAACAAAGAUGAUUCAGAAGAUGAGGAACCUUGUACUUUGACUGAAAGUGUGUUACCUUGGAAAAGAGUUAAUGAAGAUCAAGAAAGUGAUCCUGCAAAACCGCAAGAGGCUUUCCCAACGUGGGUAGACAAUAAAGAACAUUAUCCAGGAUACAUGUCGCCCACUCACACCUUCCUAGAAACAAUAGAUGAUCAAAAUUCAAACUGUUAUCCUAUACAAAUGAUACAUGAAAGCCUAGAUGAAGAUGAUGAAGAUGAAACAGUUGACGAAUCCAAACUCUCCAGUCAAGAGAAAAAAUUAUCUUCAUCAACUGCCAAGAGAGAUAAUGAAAUUGGUGAAAAACAAAAAGCUUCUUUUCGGCCAAGUCCCACAAUAGAGGAAAAGAGGAGAUUCUUCCGAGAUUCUGGAUUGAGACGAUCUCCAGAAGCAUUUUCUGCUGGUAGAGUGUCCUCCGCAGAGCCACCAAGAGCAAAUUCAGCUGACACUGUAGUCAGCAUUGAAUGCCCUGAUGUAGCUUUGGGAAUAGAAAACGAAGCUCUAUACUCUGACACACAACUUUAAGUCACUGAGGUUUAUAUCUACAUGUCAUUUUAUCAUCUUCAAAAUUGUGUUAUUAUUGGGCAGUUAGGGCAAUACUAUAAAAAAAAAAAAAAAAAAAAAAACUCCUUGAAUAUUUUUGAGUUUGUUUUGUUUGUCAUAUUUGAAACAAUGAAAUGUGCUUCCUUUUCAAGCUGUGCAGUGUUCUGGAGAAUUUCAAAUCAAUACCUUAAUAUCAAUAAGUCAUUUAAAGACAUAAAGAGUACUUGAUUUUACUCCGUCAUUUACGAUCAAGUUUGUUUUUAAUUGAAAAGGUAUCUCUAGAAAAUUUUCAAAAGAAUAGUUGAAAAAUCACACAUAGCCGGAAUACCAGAAGAAAGUGAGGUUAACCAGCCUGUCAGGAAAUUUGAGUUUUGCUGGAUAAUUUGGGGUUCACAUUUUUCCAAAAAAAAAAAGUCAACUGGAAAAAUUUUGCUUCAUAAAGAAUGUCAAGAUUUAAGCAGGAAGAGAGAUAAAACAAUUUUAUGUAAGUUCGUAAUUAAUGUAGACCACUCAUUAUGAAUUCAGUAAAAUGCCACUAAAAUGAUUGACUCACAGAAGCCAAUCAUAGCACAGGGUUCGUACGCCCUUGAAAAACCUUGAAAAGUGCUUGAAAAAAAAAAGUUCAUUUUCAAGUGCUUGAAAACCUUGAAAAAGUUUCUUAGUGCUUAAAUUCUCUCAAAAAUCAACGAAUUGUGCUUAGAAGUUUUAAAAAAGUAUUUCACCAAUGCAAUUUUCUGAACAUGUGUUCAGUAUGCAACAUCGCGAAAAAUUGCUUCCGUGUUUGGGAUUCCAAUCCUUUUGCAUCUUGUAAAUCUUUUGAUGUUUUUUACAACCGAAAGAUAUUUUGAUAUAUGGUACCUUAGAUUAGUUUAUUUUUGUUUGAUUUCAUUAAUUAACAAAGAAAUUAAUUUUUAAACCAUGACAACAUUGAACUUACUCGGGUUUCGCGGAAAAUUGCUCUUGUGUUUGAAAUUUCAAUCUUUUUGCAUCCUGCAAAUAUUUAAAUAUUUUGGCAAAUCAAAUGUUAGUUUCGCAUAUGCUACCUUAGAUUAGUAUAUUUUUUGUUUAAUUUUAAUAAAAAACAAAUAAAUUUAUUUCAUGGGAAACAUGCCACGUCGAACGAACUCAGACUUUGCGAAAAAUUGCUUCUCGUGUUUGAAAUUUCAAUCUUUUUGCAUAUUGCAAAUAUUUAAAUAUAUUCACUAAUCGGAUGUAAUUUUCAUAUUUGCUACCGUAGAUUAGCAUAUUUUAUGUUUAAUUUCGGUAAAAUAUAAGUUUAUUUUAUGGGAAA